CCUGUCCAGGCAAAACCUAUCUGACCUGAAACUCUAGUACUACAGUAGGCUGAACCGCAUCCAUGGCUCCCCUAGUGUUCACUUCUGCCUUCUCCGUUUUCGGGUAUUCCGAGGAGACCCUGCUCGUACCACCGCUGGUUGGUUUCUUAUCGGAGUAACCUCGCCUCUCGCCACGUGGUGUUAAUAUGUUCCUUAUCUGCCGUAGGUCUCGCGGAUUGGCCGUGCCUCACGUGUCAGCAUUCCGGGCCACGUGGUCAGUAUCUCAGGGUCAGAUGCCGAGAGGCUGUAAGAAGACCCAAUACCGCCAUCCUGACUCCUGAGCUAGUACGGGGGCUCGCGCUUCCAGAACGCACGCAGUUGAUGCGUUAUUUUCGAAUGCUUUCUUCUUCAGUAGAUAAGUCCCGCCGCCAUGAAAGCCGUCUGUUGUCGAUAACGCUGUGCCAUCGGCCCAGGCCCCAGGCCACUCAGCCUCCUCAACAGCGAGCGCAAGCGUUGAAACGACGUUCCUCCCCAUGCUUCUCCGACCGCGUUUCUUCCGACCGCGUAUCUCGCGACUGCUUAUUCUGCAGAGACUCCUACCAGAGUCCGUGCCUACCAGAGGCCGUUUUGCGUGACCAUUCUUCGCAAGUCCUGCUGCUCUUCCCGUAUUUCGCGAAACUGUUUCGCUCGCUUUCGCAGCUGCAUGCCAGGCUAGCUUCUACCCUUCAAUUCCUUGUCGCCGUAUCCAUUAUUCACCUAGUCGACUACCGGCCCACAGCAUUACACCUCUCAAACUGACUCUCUAGUGCGUUAGGUGCUAGGUAAUCGAUUCUCGCCUCACUGUUCGUCGAGAUUUAUUGGAGACCGAACAUUGCUCGCGAACUAGGCUCGGUGCCGAACCAGCUAAUUAGGCUCGGCGCAUAGCGACCGAACUAGGGUAGGGCUGGGUUUCGCGGGCGACCAGCAGCGAGCAAACUAGGGCGAUAAGGACGUCCGCCAAGGACGUUAGCGACGUUCGCCAGCAGCGGCCAUGUUCUGCUGCUUCGCGCGCCCCAAGGCGGGCGACGACGACAAUGUCAACGACGACUACGCGGAGCCUGCGCCCCCCGCGCGGUCCACCCCACGGAAGUCCGCGCCUUCCGCCUCUUCCCCCGUCGGCGACGCCGGCGUGCGCGAAUACGCGAGCAAAUUGGCGGCGGCCGACGACCGCGUCGCGAUGUCGUCUGUCGCCGUGUUACACGCCGCGCAAAUUCGCAGCAUUCGCUCGGAAAACGCCACCGGGAUCGGCAGCGGCGGCUCAGGCGUCACUGGCGGCGGAGGCGGAGGCGGGAGCGGCGUCGGCGCAACCCAUGGCGGCGGCGGCGGCGGAGGUGCGUCGGGGCGCGGGGGAUCCUGGGAUGCUUCGCAGAAACCUCCCAUAGCGGCAGAGAGAGGCAGGAGCCACCUGGGCCCGGUAGUAAUGGCGGCAGGGCCAGGGCUAGGAUUCGGCGCCUCGGGCUUAGAGAGACCAGGCAGCGGAGCCGGCGGCGGGGGCGGGGGGAACGGAGGGGGGGGCAUAGGCGGAGGGGGAGGUUCGGAUGAGAGGCCGGGCAGCGCGGGCCCGACGACAAUACAGCAGCACAUGCAGCAUCACGGGCAGCUGCACCAGCACCAGACGCACUACGCCGCGGCGGUGGGAUCCCGCACAGUGACCAGCUCCGGAUCCGUAUCGUAUCUGAACGCCAUGCCUGGGCGGCAGCGGAUCUCGGCGUGGCUGGAAGAAUCGGAUCCCACGUUUGCGACGGUUGACGAGUCAACGAACGAACCCGUGCGCCUGCCAUCCGCGCGGAGCAAGUGGGGGGAAGGCGAAGGGGAGGUGGAAGGGGAAAGCAUUCGGGAUGGGCGCGCAGGCGCAGGCGCAGACGCGCCUGCUCUGGAACGCCUUGGGCUUUUUCUUUCCAGCCUGCCCGCCGGGCAGUAUGAAGACCGCGGCAGCCCCACUGCGGCGCCCCCCUCCGCUUCUGGGGAGUCCAGCGGAGCUUGGAGCGCCAGCGGUGGGGGCGGCGGAGGCGGAGGGGGAGGCGGAGGGAGCAGCAGCACGGGGACGUUCGGUCAGUCGGGUUAUUCCGCCAUGGCUACUGCUGGUUCAGGUGUUACAGGCCCAGGUUACACCAGCCCAGGGAUUUCAGGUGCAGGUUUUGCUGGUGCAGGCUUAUCUGGAGCGCGUAGGCCUUCCCCUAGUAACUCUAAACGGGACUUGCUUCCGCCCCCCGCGGGAGGGCAUAGCGCGGGGGCGGGCGCGGGGGGCGCAGGCGGAGCUGCUGGAGGGGGGACAGGGGGGAACCCACUGGGGGGGAAUCCAAUGGCGCGGACGCGGUCAAGCCAAGAGCCUGUGAGACUGGUGCCACAGACGGGCGGCGGAGAGGAGAGGGCGCAGUCAGGCGCUGCCCCUUCCCCUGCUGCAGCAGCAGGUGGCGUGGGGGCAGGAAUUAGUGGGGCAGGUGGGGCAGGAGGUAGAGCAUCUGCUGGUAUCAGUGGUGGUGGUGGUGGGGGGGGGGGGGGCGGCGGGGGAAUAGGAGGAACUGCCGCCGCUGCUGCUGCUGCUGCAGGUAGUUUGAUGCCUUCCUUGAGCUUUGCGAAUGGGGUUGGGGCAGCAGCGGCAGCAGUGGCGGCAGGUGCUAAUGGGGCAGGCACAGCAACAGGAGCAGGGGUAGGGGCUGGGGUAAGUUCUGCUUCAGGGGCAUCAAUGGGGGUUGGGGCGGGGGUUGGAACGGGCGCUGGUGCAGGGGCAGGGGCAGGGGCAGGGGCAGGUGGUGUGAAGGAGAAGGAGAAGGAGAGUUUGCGUGUCCAGGCACUGAGUAACUCCAUUCGGCACAGUAGCCAUGGGGGGGAGAAGGACAGGGAGAGAGACAAGGAGCCCCUAGGUCGUUCCACCACUCAAUACUCAGAAGAAGGUGGGUCAGCGGCAGCAGUAGCUGGGUCAGCCAUUGCUGCAGCGGGUGGGUACGGUGGCAGCGGGAGAGGUCUGGGAGCGGGGUUUGCUUCGGACACAGCUUCGGAUACGGCUGGAGGGCAGCUGCCCAACGGGUUUAUGAGGGACGGCAGUUUCCCGCCGUCUCCGGCUCCUGAUAAGUCGUGGUAUGCUGUAUCGCCAUUGGUGGAUUUUCACCCAGGUUCCAGCCCACCGCUCCCUUAUGUCGCCGGGCAGAGUCCGUUGAGGGAUAAUUCUUUCAAGCUGCCCUCGCUUGCUGUGGAAGGGAGUGGGACGGGAGGUCACGUGCGAGGGGGGUUUGGUGAGAUAAGGGCAGAGGGUGGGGGGAUGGGGGAGGGGAUGAAGGGGGAUGGUGAUUUGUCGUUAGAUGGUGGGAAGGGAGGUGCAGCCGAGGGCUCGUCGCAUGAAGAGGCUGCUUGCGCCAAGAGCAUGAACUAGGGUUUGCAUGUUCUUGGGGGGUGUGAGGUUAUGUUACAAUUUGUGACCUGGAAAGUUAUGGUUGCAAGGGAGAUGGUUGAACGAAUGAGGGGGAAGGGAGGAUAAGGGUGGUAGUGAAAUAUUUUAGCUGUGAGCAGGAUUAGGUUAUGCACAUCUUGAAAUUUUGAUGCUAUUUCUUCUGCCAUUGCUGUUCUUGAUUGA